ACGAGGACAAACUUAGAGCUACAGAAAAAUACUCCGGUUCGUAUGCACGACGCCGUUGGCCAAUUCUCACGACCAAUUUUGUAGUAAUUGCCGGCGACAACUUAACGGUCGCCAACUACUACACCCCCGUUACUUUCCCAAUUCACCUCCUCCAAAAUUCCAUACCAUACGUACCAUUAUACCAAUACCCCUUUUCUCUCCAUAACCCCCCCAUAAAUACAUAUACUCUUUCUUAAUCAGCAGCUUAAAAACCCUAUCUACUAUAUCUGAGAUCAAAAUUUCUUAUUCAAGUCAUCUAUCGUCAAUUUGUUGUGGGUAUUCGAAGUGGACUUCCACAAUUCAUACAUACAGCUGAAACUUUGAACCGAUUUUGAGUAUUCGAUUGUUAAUUUUUUGUGGGUUUCUAAUUCGUCUGGGUUUAAUGGAUCGAUGAUGAUGAAUUCCUGAAGUGGAAAGGACUGGUAGAAUCAUGAGCAGUAGAAGCCGACCGUUGGUGCAUCCGUUUGAUGUUGAAGUUCCUCAAUUGAGAGAAGAAGCCGCUGUUAAUAAUGGGGAUCCACAUGAAGAUACUGUGAUAAUGAAGGACGUUCAAGGGAUGCCCGGAACAUCCGUCGGCCUCGCCUUGCGUCUAUUUCAAUUCGCUUUCGCCGCCGUUUCAGUUGCUGUCAUGGCCGCCACCAGUGACUUCCCUUCCGUCACCGCUUUCCGGUACCUUGUUGCAGCUCUAAGCUUGCAAUGCCUGUGGAGUCUUUCGCUUGCCAUUGUUGAUGUUUAUGCUCUUUUAGUGAAGCGUUGUUUAAGAAAUUCAAGAGUUCUUGGUUUCUUCACUAUCGGAGAUGGGAUUACAUCUACGCUUACAUUUGCAGCAGCUUGUGCAUCUGCAGGAAUAACUGUUCUUAUCAGUAGCGACUUCAAUAAUUGUGCAGAAAAUCAUUGCACAAGGUUUGAAACUUCAACUGCAAUGGCUUUUGUUAGCUGGUUUUUGGUUUUCCCUUCAUUUUUCUUGAAUUUUUGGUCUCUGGCAUCGAGAUAAUGGCAUCCAAAAUGUGGCACUAUGCAUCAUAAGGAGUUUAGUAUAAUUUUUUUUGGUGGAAAUACUUGUAUAUAUAGAAUUUGACGAUUUGUUUUUGAUUAAUUGGAGUUUAUUAUAUUUUCUUUUUGGUGUAUGAA